AUGAAGGCGCUGUGCCCCAAGCCCGGCAAGGGCGGCAAGAUCCACCCAUCGCCCGCCGAGGACCCCAUCGCGGCGGCGUUCCGGCUCCUCCCGGCCGCCAUCCUCGUCCUCGUCGCCGGGCUGUGCCCCGAGGACCAGCGGGUGCUGGCCCACCUCGUCACGCGCUCGUUCCUGGUGGGCUGGGGCGCCGCCACCGCGCCGCCGCCGGAGCAGCAGGCGCAAGGCGGAGGCAGCGGGCCGCGUAGCCGGCGCGGCCACCCGCCGACCGUCGGGUGCCUGUGCUUCGAGUGCUACGGCAGCUUCUGGUCGCGGUGGGACUGCUCCCCGCAGCACGACCGCAUCCACGACGCCCUCGAGGCCUUCGAGGAGCACCUCAGCGCCGCCGAGUCCUCCGCCGCCGCCGCCACACCUCCCUCCAAGCGCCGCGACAAGGGCAAGCGCGGCAGGGCUCCUGCCGCCACUACGCCUCCACCGCCUCCGCCGCAGCCGCCGGUGCCGGCGCGGAGCAGCCCCGAGUCCCCGGAGCCCGCCGCUUCCGAGGUGGCCGAGGAACCCCUCUCGUCGCCGCUCCUUCCUUCCUGCCCUUGUACCCCGGCUCCCGCGGCCUGCCUCUCAGAGAACAAGGAGAAUGUCCCGGAAGAGACUGCCGCGGCGGAGGCCCAAGCGGAGGAAUGCAGCGGCGGCGGCGAGGUGGCGGCGGAGGCCGAGGAGGAGAGGAAGCGCGGGUGGGCGGACGUGAUGGGCGGGGUGCUCAACCUCCGCCGCUGGGGGAUUUGGAGCCCCGCCGCCGUGGAGAGCGGCGCCACCUAG